UUAACCUCUGUUGAUUCUGCAAAACUGCAAUAACGGUAAUAUUAUCAUCUAAAACAAGAUUAAAACGAAUUGAAUUUGUUGGCAGUUGAUUUAAAGCUUUUAGGAUGGUUUCUACAUUAAAUUAGUUAGUGAUCUGGAUUAAACCACUUGCUGUUGAGCCGCUUUAAGCGGACACUCACAAUUUAUAUUGGAUGCUGUGUGUUUUUUGUUUUGCUGACCAUUAUUGAUUUUGUCAGGCGCAGCAUCUUUAAACACAGAAAAAGGCGCCUAAAAGGUGUUCUGAUUCCUAACCAGCUAGAUAAUAUUUGAGUACUGAAGAAUUAACCACAGUAGAGUCUCGGCAUAAUGAAACGCCAAAAUGUUCGAACCCUUUCCCUUGUGGUGUGCACAUUUACGUACCUUUUAAUUGGCGCCGCGGUCUUCGAUUCACUGGAGUCCCCAACGGAGGCCAAACGAUGGGAGUUUUUACAAGCCGUUAAAAACAACUUUGUAAAGAAGUACAAUGUAACCGACGAGGAUUUCCGAGUGAUGGAAAUUGUCAUUAUUGAAAACAAACCACACAAGGCAGGACCCCAGUGGAAAUUCGCUGGAGCCUUUUAUUUUAGCACUGUCGUUCUGGCCAUGAUAGGAUAUGGCCACUCCACACCAGUUACCAUUCCGGGAAAAGCAUUUUGUAUGGGCUAUGCAAUGGUAGGCAUUCCUCUGGGCCUGGUAAUGUUCCAGUCGAUCGGUGAACGAUUGAACAAGUUUGCCUCAGUUAUCAUAAGGCGGGCGAAAAGGGCCAGUGGAGCUCGGUGUACGGAUGCCACCGAAAUGAAUCUUAUGCUGGCCACUGGAAUGCUCUCCUCCAUUAUUAUUACCACGGGAGCAGCAGUGUUCUCCCGAUAUGAGGGAUGGAGCUACUUCGACAGCUUCUACUACUGCUUUGUCACCUUGACCACAAUUGGUUUUGGCGAUUAUGUGGCCUUGCAGAACGAUCAGGCACUGACCAAUAAACCAGGCUAUGUGGCAUUAAGCUUGGUCUUCAUCCUGUUCGGGUUGGCAGUGGUAGCUGCCAGUAUUAAUCUGUUGGUGCUGCGCUUCAUGACCAUGCAGGCAGAGGAUGCGAAGCGGGAUGAACAGGAUGCCCAAAACCUGGCCGGAAAUGCCCAGCCAGUCACCUUCGAUGACGAAUCCACCUACAAUAUGCAUGGCAAGCUGCUGGAGAACAACUACACCACUGAGAAUGAUGAGACCGCUUCGUUGUGCUCCUGCACUUGCAUGGGUGGCACUAGGUGCCUCAACCACGAGCAGUUCGUGGAUCCGGAUUUUGCGCCCACGGAUAUCAUUGAGAGCACUUUGUGCCUGAAAAGAGCCUCCGUCUGAUAUCCGUAUAGCCAGCUGUGGGACUUCUCCAUGUAGGAGGGUUCUAUAGUAACAAUCCUGUAGAGCCUCAACCGCCGCCAAUCACAAAAAACAUUGGUUGUUAGACGAACCACCCCUACAUAGAUAUUUACACAAGGAUGGGUCGAUUAUUCUUGCGAAGAAUUGUCAAAGCUUAAAGAAUUCUAUAAGAAGUUUUACAAAUUCACUGGAAUUAUAAAAAGUUUCCUAUUUUUAAUUUUUAUUAUUCUUAGACAACAUAAAAAAUGAACAUUUUUAGAUUUUUGGAUAUUUUAAAUUUCUAUAAAUAUUUCUCAAAAAAAGAUUUGACGAAAAAAAAAAUCUCUUCAAUUUUUGGCAAACAAAUUGAGGUUGAUAUUUUAUUGUUAUUGGUAUAUAAUAUCAAAAGAGAUUGUUGUUUAUUGUAUUUAAAAUUUUUGUAUCCAACUUUUUUCGCCAUAUAAUUUUGUACAUUUUUCCAUGCACAAUAGUCGACUCAUCCCAAUAUACACCAAUAUACACAUAUACAAAGGAGGAACCUCCAAAAUACCCAAAAUACCAUGUCAAUAUCAAUCGUAUCACCUGGCUGGUGAUCUUCGAGGUGACCUCUAUUGGUUCGAAGGCACCGCCCUAUCCAUCCCAUCACGAAUUUUAGCUGUAUUUUGGUUCAA